CAACAGAUCAAAAGGAAGACCAUGGAAAGUGAUGAUUCUGAUUUUGGUGACACCUCGGUGGGGCCAUCGGGGGAUGAUGGAUUGACCAGAGAGUUUCAUCAGGCUGCCCAAAGAGUUCAAAUGCUGGUGUCUGGUCUACCCAAGGAGAAAUUACUGUAUCUUUAUGCAAGGUACAAACAGGCUACUGUCGGCAAGUGCAACACACUGCGGCCAGGUCUCUUUGACUUCCAAAGGAAGCAGAAAUGGGAUGCAUGGCACGGGGUGGGUGAAAUGACCAAGGAUGUUGCCAUGGCGGAGUACGUUGCCGCAGUGAAGGAGAUCGACCCAGACUGGUCCAGCAAGACGAAAGGCGGAGGAGGGAGCAGGGGUGGGAUGGGGGUUGGGGUUAGCACCAUGUGCAAGGAGGACGACGACAUCUGUGACUUCAAUAAGACCGUCUUUGAUUGGUGCAAGGAGGGCAAUGUGGAGCAGGUGAGACGACUGCUGGAUGAGGAAGGGCUGGAAGUCAACGACACUGAUGAUGAGGGGAUGAGUUUACUGCACUGGUCAUGUGACCGGGGCCAUACAGAUGUAACACUGAUGCUCUUAGAGUGCCAGGCAGAUGUCAAUAUCCUUGAUGAGGAAGGGCAAACACCGUUACAUUAUGCUGCUGCGUGCGAGCACGUAGCCAUCGCAGAAAUCCUUCUGAAGUACGGCGCCAACCGGGAACUGAGAGAUAACGAAGGCUGUACCCCUCUGGAGCUCACUUCCGACACAGUCAUCCAGGAAAUGCUCACAGUGCAGUAACCCUGACAGCAGAACUCUGAAGUCUGACUAUCAUGCCCCACACACAGGGUUUGUGGUCUAUAGUAGUUGUGGGUUUGGUAUCUGAAAGAAGAGUCCAAUGCAUGCCACAGCUGCAGGCCCAUGUUGCAUUGUCAACCCAGGCUCCGGUGCAUUUUCUUGCCCAAAUGGGUAAGGACGGGGUGCCUGUAGGCUUUGGAAUCCAGCCAAGGAUUGCGGUGCUUAUGUCCCUGAGGAAGAUGCUUUGCCACAAUUGCUUCUCCUCCUUGCAGCAAAUGGAUAUCUUUGGGGGUGGCAGAGUUGGUCUGUGUGAAUAUAUCUCUGUGCCUCAUCAGCAACAUUUUAGAAAAACUCGGCCUGGAGAGCUGACUUAAUUCAGGUAGUAUUCUGGCCAGGAAAGGGAGUGUAGUGUGUAGUGUAUCAGUACAUGUAUAUGUUCAUUUACGGACUGUACACAUUUUACGCUACUUAAAAACCUGAAUUUUAAAGUCUGUGGUUCAGUUUUAAGAUUUUAAUUUAGUUAAGGUGUCUGAUGUAAUAAACUCAUUUCAGAUGUAAAAAAUUCAAA